CUGGAGGACUUCGCCUGGCAGACUUUGGAACUUAACAUAAGGAGUUUAUUCUAGGGCGAAGGAUCUCUAUUAAUGAAUGGAUCCUGCUUGUUUUACCUCCGCGCAGCGUCUUUCCUGUAAAAUUAUGAAUCCGGAUUUGUUCAAACCGUCUCCGGACCGUCUUCCUGCGGCUCAACCGCCUGCCAGACUGAACCGGAGUAAAUCUGAACAUGCUAAAACGGAGCUCGCGCAGAUGGUGGUUGACGCCAAGACUGGAAGAUCAUACUGUAAAGGAAAGCUUUUGGGAAAGGGUGGUUUUGCACGAUGCUAUGAAAUGACUGAUCUUGCCAACAACAAGAUGUAUGCAGUUAAAGUUAUUCCACAGAGCAGAGUCUCAAAGCCACACCAGAGAGAGAAGAUCAUUAAUGAAAUCGAGCUUCACAAAAGCCUCCAGCACAAGCAUGUGGUGAAGUUCUCACAUCAUUUUGAAGACCAAGACAACAUUUAUAUCUUCCUUGAACUUUGCAGCAGAAAGUCUUUGGCACACAUUUGGAAAGCAAGACAUACGCUGACAGACCCUGAAGUCCGUUACUACCUCAGACAGAUCAUAUCUGCACUUAAAUACCUCCACAACAAAGGCAUCCUCCACAGAGACCUCAAAUUAGGUAAUUUUUUUGUGAAUGAGAACAUGGAUUUGAGGUUAGGAGAUUUUGGGCUGGCAGCCAAGUUGGAAACGGUUGAGCAAAGGAAGAAGACCAUCUGUGGAACCCCAAACUACCUUGCACCAGAGGUCUUAAACCGACAAGGUCAUGGGACAGAGUCUGAUGUUUGGUCGCUGGGUUGUGUAAUGUACACACUCCUAUGUGGCAAUCCACCUUUUGAAACCUUAGACUUGAAAGAGACCUACAAAUGUAUCAAGGAAGUGAAGUACACCCUUCCUCCAUCCCUCACUCCGGCCGCACAGAAGCUGAUCUCCGCAGUCCUGCAGAAAAACCCAGCUGACCGCCUUACUCUGGACCAGAUAAUGGCCCAUGAGUAUUUCACAAAGGGCUUCACCCCAGAAAAACUUCCCCCAAGCAGCUGCGUGAUGGUGCCUGAGCUGAAUCCCCCCAGUCCUGCCAAGAAGUUCUUCACCAAGAUGGCCAAGAGCCUCUUUCGCAAGAGAAAAUCUAAAGCAGUUGAGAAGAUUCCUUGUGAGGAGAAAGAUGACAUCUCAAAACUGGUGUCAGGCAUGGUGAAGCACUCCAUUUGUCGGCAAAUGAGCUACAAAACGAUGGGUGCGAAUGAGGCUACUUCACCCACAGUUCAUCUGGCAAGCUCUGGCCCUCUGGACACCCCAGCAGAGGAGGAGUCCAGGAAGUCUGCAUCACGCUCCUUCAAAGGCACCCUCGCCAGCAGCACUGAUGCUUGUGAAGACAUCCCUACCCCUGCUGCCGUAGCGGAGUCUGCCAUGAAGGUUCUCAACAGCUGCUUGUCUUCCAUGCCAGCAGCCUCAAAAAACCCACCCUGCCUUUCUAAACCCAAGCCCUUUAUCUGGGUAACCAAGUGGGUGGACUACUCUAACAAAUAUGGCUUUGGUUACCAGCUCUCUAAUCAUAAUGUUGGUGUUCUCUUCAAUGAAGGCACUCAUCUGAGCUUCUGUGACCAGCGCAGGACUGUACGGUACUGUCUAACAAACAACAAGCACUUUACAUUCCCUACUGACGCGUUACCAGAGAAGCUCCAGAAUCAAAAACACAUAGUGGAAAUGAUGGCUAACUACAUGGAGCAGAACCUGAUGGAGGGUGGAGAUGUCAGUUGUGAUAAUAAUCGGCCUCCAAGCUCUUCUCCAUUACUACUGCAGUGGAUUAAGACUGACCAUGCCUUAGUCAUGCUCUUUGACAACCGAACCCUACAGGUAAAUUUUUACACCGACCACACAAAGAUCAUUCUCAGCAAGUCCUCGGACUCAUUGUACCUACUGACUUACAUUAGCAAGGACCGUGUCUCUUUCUCCUACCCUCUGAGUGUGCUUUCCGAAUGGGGCUGCUCUUCAGAGCUGCAGCAGCGCCUGCAUUAUGUGGUACAGCUUCUCCAGCACUACACCAACGUGUAAACUCUUCAAACCCGCGGAACCACUGUUCCGCUUUGUAUUAAAACCUGCUGCUUACUGCUUCUGUUUUGGAAGCAAAAAAAGGACUAAAGACAGAAAUCAGCGGAAGAUCUCCUGUCCUUGGCCAUCGGCUGGCCUCUUUGAACUAUGGUGCACUAUUUGUUUGUUUUCUUCAUUUUGUGACUGAGCCUACACCAAUAGUAUCACACUACCAGCUUAACUCACGGUGUGCACAACCAAAAUUGUAUUCUUUUGUAAUUUUGAGCUGGACUGAAGUGCAGAUGGCAUAAGACUCACAGGGUUCUUAAAUUACUAGCUUUGCUCUCAGUGUUCCAAACACCGCAAGGUGGUCUUUGCUUUUUUUUUUUUUUUUUUUUUUUAUAUAGACAUUUUAUUUCACUAAAUGGUACACAUCCAAUGUGAAGAGCUAUGAACACCCAAAGUUCAUUCUUUUAAAGAGAUUAGUUUUAAAAAUGGCAGAGGUGAAUUGCUGAUGAUGGCUGUUGAACAAAGUGUAAUUUAAAGUGGAGCAGUUAGGUGUGGUAGUGACUAAAGUGCCUUGCUGAUGGAUUCCUCUGUGCAAUAAUGGCCCUUCUGCCUCAAGCUUAAGUCACAAGGGAAAGAAGAUGGGCUUUGUUUAGUCUUCAUGUCGUUUUCGGUUUUCCAAGCGAUUAAACGGAAGUGGGGGAAAACACUACAAAUACAAACCUGAUGCUUUUUGCUCUUAAAAGGUAUUCUAUCCUUUAAUGUCUGUACUUGGGAGGGGAGAGAGACUAUGUAUUCAGUGUGCCUCCAUCUUUGUUUACUUUACAUGCUCCAUCAUAACUAACGUCCUCAAAACUGUGACCCUGGUUGUACGUGAUGGGUGUACACGGUACCAUCAUUGUGAAAGCCAUUACCCUAUCAGACAAAUCCUAACUAGUAUUAUUAAUAGUGGCACGUGUUCUAUUUAUAUUUUUAUUUAUAGUUUUUUAUUUAUUAAGAAUUGUGCUGUCAACAUUGGGAAAUGUUCAAUAUGAUCACUUUAUGUAUUGGGGGGGGAAUAAAGUUU